CUUUACAUCAUGGGAUCUUGUUCAAGUGAGCCUAAAAUACCAAUAAAGCGAGUGAAAAGAGGUAGAGAGGAUUGAACCCUCACAUGUAAUACUCCUAUAUGGACAGUUAGUAUGGGAAAAAACGUCCCUAUGUUACGGUGCCGACAAUAUUCAUUUUCUCUCUGGUUCGAGACACUUUAUCUAUACUGCACAUGCUUGAGAACGCGCCGAACCGAGCUGAAACCUCGGAGGAUAGAGAAAUCGUUGCCAUUCUGUCGGAACAGCUUCUACUUAUUAAAACUGUCCAUAUAGGAGUAUUACACUUAUGGUUCAACCUAUGCUCUUUGUCUAUCUUCCAAUUGUACGAUUUCACUUACAUGUCGCUCUCUCUAUCUUUUAUAUUAACUCUAUGAACACUUCCAGCAUGUGAUGUCUUUUAGGGUUAGGAAAAAUAUUAAUCAACAUUAAGUUUCACAAUUGAUAUUUUUUUUUUUUUAUUGGUGUAAUGGCUCGCCGAGGAAAAGUGAAGUAUAAAGAUGUUGUUAAAAAGCCAUAUAUGCAACAGAAAAAAACCCAGAAAUUGAAAUCAAGGAAAAAAUUUAAGUCAUUUAUUAAGAAAAAUAGUAAGACUAGAACAUUUUCUUCUAGUAUAUAUUAUGAACCACAACACAAACAACAAAAGUUAAAUCAAGAAUUGAGAGCAGAAACAUCUUCAUCAGAAGAAGAAACUGUGGAUUUGAACAAUCUUAUUAAUACAUUUUCUAAUAAAGGAAACAAAAAAGCAAUUGAUAGUAGCAGUGACAGUGAAGGAGAUAUUCUCUUCUCAAAUAGUAAUGAAGUAACUAAUGAUGAUAGUAAUGAUGAAAAUAGUGAUUUUCUUGAAGAACAGAGUUAUGAAGCUAACCAAUGUAAAAGUGGUGAAUAUGAGAAUAAUGACAUUUUUAGUGAUGUAGAAAAAGAUGAUGUAUGUUUAAGUGAGGGCAAAAACGAUUCUGAUUCUUAUAUUUCUUCGGCCAAUGAUGAAAUGAUAGAUGACAAGGAAGAUCCAUUCAAUAAACAUCUAUUAUAUGACUUACAUGAAUCCAUGCUGGAGACACUUCAAAUGAUACCUGUAAAUUCAACAAAUAUUUCAGUGAUUUGGCCAGUUUUGCGUAAUUUACAUUUUCAAAUUCCAAAAUGUGAAUUACCAUCUAUAGUCAAGGAAGACACAUUUACAUUAUCAGGAAACAAGACAUAUGCUUCCCAAGGAAGAGUUCCAAAUCUUAUGAAAUAUCAUGAUUUUGAUAAAUUAUACAUCAAAUCACAAAUUGUUGGUAACCUACCAAAAGUGAACAAAGCUAUUAUAAAUAGUGAAAAAUUCACACCAUUGCAAGAGGAAAUGUUUUCUAUAAUUAAUAAUUAUCAGGACUUUUAUUAUCCUGAACGAACAUUCAGUAAUUCCGAAGAAAUUAGGUAUAUUUACUGUGUGCAUGCAGUAAAUCAUAUUUUAAAAACAAGACUAAAAGUUAUUCACCAUAAUGCAAGAUUGACCAAGAAAGAUGAAAUACCUGAAGAAUUUAGAGAUCAAUGCUUAGUACGUCCUAAAGUUCUAGUAAUUUUACCUUUUAAAGAUGCUGCAUACAAAACUAUUCAAAUAAUUAUCAGUUUAAUUAUUUCAGAAGAUAAAGGUAAUGUUAUGAACAAAAAUAGGUUUAUUGAAGACUAUACAGGCAAAGAGUUGUUUUUUCCUAAAAAGAAUCCAAAACCUGAAGACUAUGAACUAUUAUUUCAGGGCAAUACAAGUGAUGAUUUCAAAAUUGGCAUAACUGUUACAAAAAAGAGUUUGAAGCUAUAUUCAGACUUCUACUCAUCUGACAUAAUAGUGGCAUCACCACUUGGUCUCAGAACAAUAAUUGGAGCAGAAGGAGAGUCUGAAAGAGAUUACGAUUUUCUUGCUUCUAUUGAACUGCUAAUUAUGGAUCAAACUGAUAUUUUCUUAAUGCAGAAUUGGGAUCACAUAAUACAUAUUUUGAACCAUUUACAUAUGCAACCAAAAAGCUCACAUGGAACUGAUUUUUCAAGGGUGCGAUUAUGGAGUUUAAAUGGUUGGGCCAAAUAUUAUCGUCAAACAUUAAUAUUUUCGUCUAAUAAUUUACCAGAAAUCAAUGCAAUUUUCAACAAAAAGUGUCAUAAUUAUGCGGGAAAAGUAAAAGUUAUUAAUCCUAUUGAACUUGGUUGUAUUAGUCAAGUAGUUGUACAGGUUCCUCAUGUUUUUCAAAGAUUUGAUUGUCAGAACGCAGCUGAAGCAAUUGAUUCUAGAUUUGAAUUUUUUAUUAAUACAAUAUUACCGCAACAAAAAGAAAGUUUGAUGAAACAUACAUUAAUAUAUAUUCCUAGUUAUUUUGAUUAUGUACGAGUUAGGAAUUAUUUCAAGAAAGAAGAUAUAAGCUUUGUACAAAUAUGUGAAUAUUCUAAGGACGGGAAAGUAGCUCGAGCAAGGGAUAUGUUCUACCAUGGUGAUGCACAUUUCCUCUUGUACACAGAAAGAUUUCAUUUUUUCCAUCGUAAGAGAAUUAAAGGAAUCAAACACAUCUUAUUCUACCAACUUCCAACAUUUCCCAAUUUCUACUCUGAAAUAUGUAAUUUAUUACAAGAAACUAUUUUAAAUAAGAAAUCAAGUGGUCUAUCAAAUAUGUCAGUUUCUGUCAUGUAUUCCAAAUAUGAUGCUUUUCAAUUAUCAGCUAUCAUAGGUGUAGAAAAGAGUCGAAAAAUGUUACAUUCUGACAGGAAAGUACACAUGAUGGUUACAGGAGAUAAUAUGUAAAAUCACAAUAAACUGGCAAUUGUGAAUAUCAAA